AUGGAUUCGUUGUACCGUAUCAUCCUGUUGGCAGCACUGCUGCCUUUCUCUGUUGCCGUGAGCUCCACGGUCGAUCUUGGGUAUAGCAAAUACAAAGGUAACGUCCUUGACAACGGUGUCUCGGAAUGGCUUGGAGUUCGAUAUGCUGCCGCACCAGUCAAGGACUUGAGAUUCAAGCUUCCCCAAGAUCCUGUCCGCAUGAGAGCCGUCCAGGAUGCGACCAAGCGGGGACCAGUAUGCAUCGGAACAGAUUCUGAUCCCAAUGUCAUUGGCGAUACUCAAUCCGAAGACUGCCUCUUCCUCAACAUCUGGGCACCAACAAAAGCCUCGACCAAGGACAAACUUCCAGUAUAUAUCUAUAUCCAAGGCGGCGGCUUCAACGGCAACUCAAAUGCCAACGCAAACGGUACUGCUCUGGUCGUCGCAGGCGACUUGGAUAUGAUCGUCGUUUCCAUCAACUAUCGUGUUGGUGUAUACGGUUUCCUCAAUGACGCUGACCAGAUCACACCAAACGUCGGUCUCUAUGAUCAGCGAAAGGCGUUCCAAUGGGUCCAGAAGCACAUCUCCAAGUUCGGCGGUAACCCUGGCCAUGUUGUCAUCGGCGGCGAAUCUGCUGGUGCUGCAAGUGUCAGUCUGCAUCUCACCGCUUAUGGAGGCAAGGAUGAAGGCCUCUUCCAUGGCGCGAUUGCCCAAUCUAUCUCGUUCGGGUCUCUCCUCACCGAGAAGGAAUCUGUGUAUCAGUUCAACACUCUGGCCGUGCGACUAGGCUGCGUUGGUGCGAAGAAGGACAUUCUUCCCUGCAUUCGUUCCAAGUCGCCCCAGGAGAUCCAGAAGAUCAACAGUAACCUCCCGAACCUUGGCAGCACUACACCGCCUCUGUUUAUGUGGACUCCCAGCAUCGAUGGCAAGCUCGUACCCGAUGUGACCUAUCGGGUUUAUGAGGAGGGGAAGUUUGUUAAGGUGCCUCUGAUGGCUGGCGAUGACACCAAUGGAGGGACUGUGUUUACGCCUGUGAAUACAUCUUCUUCGGUGGAAAGCAAUGAGUUUAUGAAAGCGAACUUUCCCUUCCUAACUCUAGAGCAACUGGAGCAAAUUAACGCACUCUACCCCAACAAAAACGAGUCUUGCCCUAACCCUGGGUGCUGGUGGCGUCAGGUCAGUGACGUCUACGGAGACAUGAGAUACAUGUGCUCAUCAAUGUAUAUCUCUAAUGCACUGCCAACCCACGGCGUUCCCAACUCUUGGAACUAUUGGUAUGACGUAGAGGAUCCAGCUCAGGUGGCUGCAGGCUACGGUGUUCCUCAUGUUGUUGAGAACCAAGCUGUGUUCGGACCUGGUCCGGGCUCGCCAGCCAGCUACCUGAAUGGCGGGAAGAAUGUCCCCGUGGUCCCUGUGAUCCAAGCCUAUUGGACCAGCUUCAUUCGUACCUUGGAUCCAAAUACGCAUCGCGAUAAGAGUGCUGUCAAGUGGGAGCAAUGGACGGAAAAGGGUCGGAAGCGACUGAAGUUUGAGACUGGCGGUAAAACCAAAAUGGAGCCGCCUAGCAAAGAUUUGCAAAAGAAAUGCGAUUACUGGGCCGAUAUUGGUCCAAGUAUUCGGCAGUAA